AUGGAAGUUAAACGCAAUCCCAAAGACUCCAUGAAGUCUACAUGGCGCCUUUCGCCUCGCUCCGAAUGGAGCAUUUGGCACCGCGCCAUCGACCGGCUUGACGUUCACCACGUCUUCCUCGACAAACCAGUACCGGUGCACGCCAAAGAAGACCCCGUACCCUACCUACCAGACUGGCAAAUGCAGAGAUGGAUAAUAUUCCACGCCAUUAUUCCACUAGCUAUCCACUACGCCUUUGUGCACUUCACAGGCCGUAAUCUCAGUGUAAUUGGGGCAUUCGCCUUAUACCACAUCUUCCUCACAUACAACAGCGUCAGAGAGAUACAAAUCCUCCGUCGUCUAGGCCAUAUAUACGGCUUCCUCGACGGGGAUAAACACGAAAGGGACGGCGUGCCAGACGUCAACGUCAAAAAAGUAUUCAUGUCCCUCCUCUCAGCCAGCAACGUCCGCCCCAUGCUCGUCAUCAUCCUCGCCUACAGGAAGAACCAGCUCCCCUCGUCCAUUAACUGGGCUUGGCUCCCCGUUGAAAUCACACUCUAUGGACUGGCCGUAGACUUUUGGUUCUACUGGUACCACAGACUGAUGCACGACAAGGGCAGCCUGUGGCAGUUUCACCGCACGCACCACCUGACGAAACACCCGAACCCACUGCUCUCAUUGUAUGCAGACGGGGUGCAGGAAAUCUUUGACAUGAUUGUCAUUCCACUGCUGGCGUUUUACACCCUCAAGAUGGGGUUCGGGUUGCCCAUGGGCUUUUAUGAGCUGUGGAUGUGUCAUCAGUACUUGAUAUUUGCAGAGGUGCUGGGCCACAGCGGGCUGAGGGUGUAUGCGACGGCUCCGUCGCCAUUGAGUUGGUUGUACAUCUGGCUUGGGGUGGAGGGCAUUAUUGAGGAUCAUGACCUGCAUCAUCGGAGAGGGUGGAAGAGCAGUUUCAAUUAUGGCAAGCAUUCGCGGAUUUGGGAUACGAUUUGGGGGACGGUGACGGAUCGGAUUGAGUGCAAGGAGGAGAAUAUUGAUUAUGCGAAUCGGGCUUCGUUUCCUGCGUGGUAG